AUGGCCAACACCGGCUAUACCUCGCCCUUCCCGACCUCCCACGACACCAUCGGCCACUCCACACUCGCCACGCCGCUUUUCAUGCCAUCGUCUCCUCCCCAAAACACCUCAAGCCGCACUGCCGAAUCUCCUCUCCGUUCUGACAGCCCUCAGCGCGUCCCCAGAGCCGACGAAAACAACGGCCAAGAUCGCGAUGGUGGGGACGCGCAUCACUCCGACAAUGAGCUGCAGCAAGGAUCACGUCCGGGAACGCCUAGAAGCCCGUCGGGCUCGGAUUUGGAUGCCCGUCUCGCCGACUACACCUUGGAUUUCAGUCGUUUCCCCAGCGGCCAAUUCGGCGCAGGCACGCGGCCGCUGCCGGAGUUGAAAGAUGAUGCGGGUGAUAAUCUGUCUGACGUCGGAGGACCGGAGGACUUCACUGCGAACAUGGAAAAGUACCUCAUGGGCGAGGACGAGGAAGCACCCGCCACUGCCAAGUCAAGCUUGCGACAAUCUUCACAACAUCCCGACAUGGAAGAUGAGGCAGACUCUAGUGCAUACAGUGAGUUCGGUCCUCCAGUCGAUAUGUCGACUCCGUCGCAUCUUCUACACGGCGGCAGCGCUUUGGGAAGGGACUCAACCCAUCUCGAGGACAUCGAAGAGGAGCCGAGGUCACCCUCCGUCCGGAAGCAAUCAACAACAUCGAGCCAGGCAGCGAGUGACCGAGAAGAGGGCCUACGUCAACGGAUCGCAGAACUAGAAAACGCUCUACAGGAUCGUGACGAGAAACUGCAGAGGAACCGCAGACGAGUACUCGAGGCAGCCUCAGCUGGCGAGCAGAUCCGGCACCUGCAAACCGAACUGCAGCGUAAGACCGAGCUUCUGGACGUAGAACUUAGCAAAAGAGCUGAUGAACAGCCUUUGCAACGGUCGACCAACGGCUCCGAUUUGACAGCUUUGCAACAACGAGUACGGACGAUGCAGCAACAGCUGCAGAGCCGGGAUUCGCAGGACUCCCUGGACGCCGAGCGUUUGGAGACUAUUGCGCACUUGCGUCAACAACUCGACCUGACCCAAGAGCAACUGCGAAAACGAGACGUUACUCUAGAUGAUACAGUUGCAAAAUUGAGAGAGGUUACUCGAGCAAAGGAAGUGCAGCUGCAGCAGAAAAACACUGAGAUCGAUGAGCUGAAGGCUCAAAUGGAUGACCAAGCUUUGGAGAAUGAGAGGCUGGAGAGGGAGGUGGACCGCAUUGACACCGAAUACCACGAUCUUGAGGAACGCUUCACCGAACUGGAGGACAAAAACCGACCCUUGGAAGAGAAGAACCACACUUUAGAAGCCGACCUCACCCGCGUGCAGUCCCGCAUGUCCGCUCAAGAAAGUGCCCUCAAGGCAGCGGCUGCCGAUCUGCCUGAUGCGGAGCGUAACACCUAUACUGAGAUCCUCGAUCUCAUCAAGGACUUGGGUGUGAAUAGCCCACCUGAAUCUCCCAUGAAACAAAACUUCUCCCACGGACCGGACGUACAACUACACCAGGAGAACAUGAAGCUCGAACAGGAGCUCGAGGAGACCAAGGCCGCCCAGAAAGCUGCCGAUGCUGAAGUCAGCCGGCUACGGGAUCAAACGACUGAAUCGCAGACCUUGAUCAAGACUAUCGAGGCAGAGAACUCGCGACUCGCUAGUAGAGUGGAGGAGCUUACCGCCAGUCUCAGCAAUACCCAGCGCGAACUCGCCCAGACAAGAGAGGAACAUGCUGGAUCUUUGGAAACCGUCGCCCGCCUCCAGGAAGACAAAAUCCCCCAGCCACCCAGCCCUCCCUUGACGCCUGCUGCAACCCGCAACGGCAACAAUCCCGAGCAGCACGGAGGUCCAGCUUCCGACCAGGAAGCGUCACAUCAAGCCCAGCUCCGCAGCCUACAAACUGCGCACUCCACCGCAAUCACAACCCUCCGCUCCUCGCACGCAGAGUCUAUGCGCAAGAUGCGCAACCUCCUCACAGCAGCAGAGCAGCGCGAAGCCGAACUCCAAGCCGAACUAAGCGCUAUGCGCGUUACAUCCUCCGGUCAAGAAUCCGAGCUUCGCCGCACCUUCAAGGCAGAAAUCAACCGCCUUGAAUGCAUUAUCGCCGCGAAAGACGAGUCCGCCGUAGCUGUGGACCAACGCAUUGCGAUGUCGGUCGACCGCCGCGAGCGCGAGUGGGAGCGUCGCGUGCAGUUACUUCUCAAGGAACGGGAUCGUAUGGGUAAAGCUCUGCUGCAGGCUUGGGGGGAGAAGGAACUAGGGAAGGGUCCUGGUGCGUUAUCUGACGGCAAAGAGAAAGAGAAAGAGAGCAGGAGGAGGGAUGCGGAUCGGGGAGAUGUGAAACAGGGUCAAGCGUAUCAGUAUAAGUACGCUUCUAAGCAUCGGUCUCGGAGUGGCGAGAAUAAGGCGUAG